AGAUAAAAACCGAGUAACAAGGAAAUCUCGAGCUAUUUCUGUUCUAAAACAUUCUUCAUAUGGUUUGAUUAAAACAUUUCUCAUGUAUGAUUUGACUGAAACAUUCUACAUAUGAUCUGACUAAAACAUUCCUUAUGUAUGAUCUGACUAAAACAUUCUUCAUAUGUGAUCUUAUUAAAACAUUCUUCAUAUGUGAUCUGAUUAAAACAUUCUUCAUGUGUGAUCUGAUUAAAACAUUCCUCAUAUGUGAUUUGACUAAAACAUUACUCAUAUGUGAUUUGACUAAAACAUUCCUCAUAUAUGAUCUGACUAAAACAUUCUUCAUAUGUGAUCUUAUUAAAACAUUCUUCAUAUGUGAUCUGAUUAAAACAUUCUUCAUGUGUGAUCUGAUUAAAACAUUCCUCAUAUGUGAUUUGACUAAAACAUUUCUCAUAUGUGAUCUGACUAAAACAUUCUUCAUAUGUGAUUUGACUAAAACAUUCCUCAUAUGUGAUCUAACUAAAACAUUCCUCAUAUGUGAUCUGCCUAAAACAUUCUUCAUAUAUGAUCUGACUGAAACAUUCUUCAUAUGUGAUUUGACUAAAACAUUCUUCAUAUGUGAUCUGACUAAAACAUUCUUCAUAUAUGAUCUGACUGAAACAUUCUUCAUAUGUGAUUUGACUAAAACAUUCCUCAUAUGUGAUCUAACUAAAACAUUCCUCAUAUGUGAUCUGCCUAAAACAUUCUUCAUAUAUGAUCUGACUACUAAAACAUUCCACAUAUGUGAUCUAACUAAAACAUUCCUCAUAUGUGAUCUGCCUAAAACAUUCUUCAUAUAUGAUCUGACUAAACAUUCAAAGAGUUCAUUAACUAAAACACCCGUCAUUGACAUUGACACUGAAUCUACGAUAAAAAUUCGUGAACCCAUAAAACUUUCAUCGACGCCUAUCGAUCGCAUAAUUGAUAUUCGCCUCCAGGCUUCAUUCGGCUGCGUCACAACCUUGGCCGUAUCAAGAAUUCCAGGUGCCUCUAUCGCCACCGAUCGCGUCGAUCUCGAAUCACAGAGGCCACAGACGAUGGGAGGCGGCUCCCGCAAGCGUUUGGUGCAGUGCAUUUUCACUCCCGCGAUCCUAGACACGAUAUACCAGUUCGUUUCCCCGUUCUGGACGGCGUCCUACGACCUGGUGUCCGACGAGACCCCGGACAAGGAGUACGAUUUUAUCGUGAUAGGAGCCGGCUCCGCGGGCUCCGUGCUGACGAACCGACUAACGGAGAACUCGGAAUGGAAGGUGCUGUUACUGGAAGAGGGCAAGGACGAGAUUUUUCUCACGGACAUACCCUUGCUGGCUCCCAUACUGCACAUCACCGAUUACGUCCGAUUAUACAAGAGCGAACCGAAGAAAGACGGUUAUUGUUUGUCAAUGAAUGACGGUCGUUGCAACAUGGCGGCGGGCAAAGCGGUCGGAGGCACCUCGGUGGUGAACUUCAUGAUCUAUUCCAGGGGAUCGCCCAGCGACUACGACGGCUGGGUCGCGCAGGGCAAUCCAGGGUGGAGCUAUCGCGACGUGCUGCCCUACUUCAAGAAGUCCGAGAACUGUCUACUGGAUCUGGAUGCUAGAUUUCAUGGUCACGGAGGAUAUCUGGACGUCACCACCGCCCCGUACAGCUCUCCUCUGAGAGAAUGCUUUCUCCGAGCGGGCGAAGAGCUGGGAUAUGACGUAACCGAUUACAACUCGGGCCAGCCGAUCGGCUUCUCGACCGUGCAGGUCCACCAACGAAACGGUCACAGGUUCAGUGCCAACAAGGCUUUCUUACGACCCAUUCGCGACCGCCCGAAUUUCCAUCUGUCGAAACUGUCCAGAGCUACGAGGAUCGUGAUCGACAGGGAAACGAAGACCGCCGUGGGUGUUGAGUUUAUUAAAAAUAACAGAAGAUGGUUCGUCGCUGCGAGGAAAGAAGUCGUUCUCUCGGCAGGCACGCUGCAGUCGCCGCAGCUGUUGAUGCUCUCCGGAAUAGGGCCCCAGGCGCAUUUGAAGUCCGUGGGCAUCGAGGCGAUCGAGGAUCUUCCGGUCGGAUACAAUCUUCAAGAUCACGUCAGCAUGUCGGCGUUGACGUUCCUCGUGAACGAGAGCGUCACCAUCGUGGAGCCGCGCUUGGCUUCCAAUUUGGCGAACACCUUCGAUUACUUCGUGAAAGGAACGGGACCUCUGACGGUGCCCGGUGGCGCCGAAUGUGUCGCCUUCAUGGAUACCACACGGGAUCCAAAGGUUAGACGGAAGCGGACUUGGAAAAGGCGACAAGAAGCGCCAAAUAUCACAUCCAUAGUACUUCCGGAUUAUUUGAACAACUCGAAAGGGAGUGCACCCGAUAUCGAGUUGGUUCUGGGAAUAAGCGCCCUAACUGGAGAUAUAUCGGGCAGUUACAGAGGACUCCUCGGUCUGACAGAUGAAUUCUACAAAGAGGUGUUCGGUGCUUACGAAGGAUUCGACGCCUUCUCCGUUGUCCCCAUACUUUUACAACCGAAAAGUAGGGGAAGAAUCACCUUGAGAUCUUCCGACCCACUCGACCAGCCUAGCUUCGAGAUAAAUUACUACGAUCACGAGGACGACCUCAGAACCAUGGUUCGAGGCAUUAAACAGGCUCUACGAGUCGUAUCUACCAAAGCCUUCAAACGAUACAACGCGACCCUGCUGCCAGUAGCCUUCCCAGGAUGCAAGGAUGUUCCGUUCGCCAGCGAUCCCUAUUGGGCCUGCGUUGCCCGCCACGUGUCCACGACCCUGGGUCACUUCGCUGGCACGUGCAAGAUGGCUCCCAGGGAGAAGUCGGGCGUGGUGGACCACAGGUUACGAGUGCACGGGAUCAAUGGUCUGAGGGUCGUCGACGCUAGCGUAAUGCCGACCAUAGUAACCGGUCACACGAACGCGCCUGUUUAUAUGAUCGCUGAAAAGGCUGCGGAUUUGAUUAAGGAGGACUGGAGACUUCUUUCACGCAACUCGUUUUUUUAGUGUACAGUGUGGAUGUUUGUAGAAUAUAAGUGUUGAUACUUGAUAGAUGUUCGUAGGCGACAAGUGUAGUUAUGCGAUAGAUGUUUUUAGAAUAUAAGUGUUCAUAUCUGAUAGAUGUUCCAAGACAACAAGUGUAGUUAUUUGAUAGAUGUUUUUAGAAUAUAAGUGUUCAUAUUUGAUAGAUGUUGCAAGGCAACAAGUGUAGUUAUUUGAUAGAUGUUUGUAGAAUAUAAGUGUGUAGAUAUUUGGUACAUGUUCGUUGAAUGUACUUGUAAGUGUAUUUGAUAGUUGUUCGUAGAAGAUGAGUGUGUAGAUAUUCGAUAGAUGUUCGUAGAAUAUACUUGUAAGUGUAGAUAUUUGAUACAUGUUUGUAGACUACAAGUGUAGAUAUUUGAUAUAUGUUCGUAGACUACAAGUGUAGAUAUUUGAUACAUGUUCGUAGACUACAAGUGUAGAUAUUUGAUACAUGUUCGUAGAAACAAGUGUAGAUAUUUGAUACACGUUCGUAGACUACAAGAGUAGAUAUUCAAAAGUCAUUCAAGAAUCGUGGAUGCUCGAGAGAAGACAGCUUUCAAGUCGAUACGUAUAUUUUAGUACAAAUAGUCCACUGACGCGGCAGGUUACAAAUGAACAUAAUAAAUAUGGACUAAGUCUGAUCUAAGAGUGGAUCUUUGGUAGCGCGUGAAACGUAUUUACAACGGAUCCUUCUUAAAUAAAUACGUAAUGAAGCGUGAUUUAACCUAU